UGAAGAGAAAACUGGCCACGGGAGGGACGCGGACCGUGCGAAAGCACGAAGAUUUCUGCUGCGGAGGACAAAAAGGGGCACUGUUCGCGCGUCCCUGAUCCCUGACCUGAACCACGUCCUGUAGUAACCAAUCCACCAAUUCACAAUCAUCUGUAGAUAGCACAGAAAUCUGCGGCCGAGAUCCGGGUGCACCUAAGCAGCUCAAAUCCGGGACAUCCACGUCCGUGCAAUAAACAAGUUCUGAAGUCAACUAGCCGUCUGUGAGCAAAGUUAUCAGCUAUCUAAGACGGGGCUCCCAAGUUGAUCUCUUGCAAAGGCUACUGGCACUGUGGAACUAGAACAUCAACGAAGGCAGCAACACCAGAAAAGAACCCAAACAAAAAGACACAAAAUUGAGACAUAUGGCCAUAGUAGCCGGUCCCUAACAUAAAAAAGAGACUAUAUCCUCAGGGUAGCUUGAGAAGGUCGAGGAAGCUGGGUUCAAGAGCCGUACUGGGGCAAAUCGUCAUUUAAGAACACUAAACACUAAAGAGUAUACUAAAUCACUAGAUAGUAAAGCCAGCAUAAAAGAUGGAUCAUUUAAACAGUUUCGUUUAUCCAGACGUUCCUCGAGACAUGUGGGAAACUGUAUUCUCGAAACGCAAACAGAUGGUCAUAGUGGGUGUGCUUGGAAAAUCAAAUGAAGCACACUGCAAUAAGCUAGCCGAGUUUGGUGUGCUUAAUAUUCAACCGAACUUAGAGGAUAUAGCCGGUAUCGAUGGUCGUGUUAAAUUUUACUUCCGUACUGAGGGGGACACGCUUUUCUUGCACUUUGAAUCGACGUUUGAUAACUUUGUGAUGCUAAAGUUAGCUGAAGAAAUGAUGAGUGAAAACACCUCACAUCCUCCAGCCCAUUUUAUUAACUUCAACAGUGCGAUCAGGACUCGUUACGCUCGCGUUCUUUUAUUCGCCCUGCAGGUUUGUCACAUUUUGAUCUUGGUGGAGACCUCAGUGACAUUCGAUUUGUCCUACCUAUCAUUGUUCAAAUCUUUGAAAAUAAUACGAGAGAAAUACGUGCUGAAGUUCCUACCGGAAAUGCUAAAAAAUGCUGGCGUGGGAUCCUUCAUGGGAAAAGAAUGCCGGUUAGCUAGUCCAAGACUGAUUUUUCUGCUCAACCUCCCCGAAACACUACAAACACCCUCUAAAGAAGAUAUUCAAGCUUUGGAAGUUAAGCUCGAAGAUUUUAUAACAAAGACUCUUCGGAAUGAGUUUAUAAUUACAAACAACAGUGCUAUGUCACUGUUUUCUUUACCGAAGGGAAAACAGUUUGUAUUUUACACUCAAACUAAAGAACAACACAAAAAUCCUACAAGAGAUAUGAUGAUGAUUUUGACGACAUACUUAAAUAAUUCGAGUCAAACAGCCAUAAUCCGCGAACGCGAUGGGGCAUUGAUGAACAAAUUAAAACCGUAUGAAUUUAUCGGAUUUCCUGACUUUACAGUAGAGUUUGAUCAUUCAGAAAAGAGAAGAAACAAUCGAAGCAUAUUGGAGUUAGUGCAAAUGCUUGUAGUUGAUACACUUGAACCAGUGUUGGACGAAAAAUUUACCAGUAGUAAGCAACACUCAAAAUGUGGAACUCUUCCAUCGAUUGGUCUUUGGUAUGAAAUGUUUCAAUUCAUGUACCAGAUUUUUAUAGAAGAUCCCGCUAAAUCAUCCUACAACGGGUUUGAACCAGUAUAUAAAUCUUUUUUGGAAAACUUCCACGCGCUUGUAGACAUUGAAGAACAAUUCUUUAGCGAGGUAGGAGAACAGGGGUUAGAGCUGGCGAUGCUCAAAUAUAAUGAAAUGCUUCCCAUGCACUAUAGUAGCAGUUAUCAUGAAUCCAAGUAUCAAGAUGCCCUGCAUCUCCUUGUCCAAUAUGUUCGAGGACCACAAUUAAAGCCAUCCGUUGAAAAACUGAAAGAUUACUGCAAUUCGAUUUGGAUGAGCGGUAAACAGCAGUGUGAAUAUCCAAGUCUGCGUGGUAACCCAUGUUUAAUGGGUAAGCACAAACCUCUGGAUCUGUCGGAGCAUUCGAGUGGUGUUAUUUUUGUGUCCUCUUGCAACUGUGGUAGAAUACAAGGUCACCGAGAAGAUCCUUACACGAUCAGACAGGCAAACUACGAGUUUUAUCAAAUUAUGGCCAAGAGCUGUAGUAACUGCAAUAGGUUGGAACAUGUGCCAUUUCCUAUCUUCGAGCCGUCUACUAGUGAUUUUCGGGCCGCCGAGUUUAUAAACAAAAAUUUGUCUAACUUGAUGACGUUCGAUAGCACAGGGCGGACAGCUUCGGACAUAAAUAAUAUGCAUCGAUCGGCUCGAGAUUCGCCAUUUCUGUCAAGCAGUGAACGUAGUCAAAACUGUUUCACAAAUUUCAGUUUCAACACCAUUUCUUACGAUGCACCAGACAGAACAUGUGAGAGUGCCCAAGCAAAGAGUCAGAACGAAGAACUUUAUAAAAGAGAUUUCGCUUUGAACCAUAAGACAAACACUAAGCAAAUUGUUGAUGUAGAAAAUUAUAAUAUAUACAAGAAUCGAAAAACGGAUUCACAGAAUCAGAGCGAUGAAAUGAUGAUCAAAGUAUCGGUUGUAGAGCCAAUUACAGCGAAAGCACUAGAAUCCAGGAUUGAUUCAUUGAAAUAUCCAUCUACUACGGAAUAUUUACCUGGUAUGCUUCAUGCAGCAAGUCCGGCUGGAUUACUGCCCCGUUUUCCUUCCUGGUCGCUUGUUUGCCUUGGUUCCAGUUCCAUUUACACUCACAAUACUGGCCUGCCCGAGCAUGUACAGAGUGGAUUUAUAUCUGGAUCGAAUUAUUUGCUACCUUGGGACGUUAAUGUUCGACUGGAGCAUGCACAAUCAUGGGCUGCUUCAUAUGAAAAGAUACGCCUGCGCAAGAAAACGAAUUUACAUUCCUCUAAGUCAUUUGAACGAAAUAACUCAUUUACGCUUAAGAUUUUUAUAGGAGUCGAAUACGAAUGUCUUCGAGGACAUCGGUUUUUCAUGACAUCACAGGAUAGUGUCCUACGCAGUGCAGCAGAAAUCGCACGAGAUAGCGGUAGCAACGUAGUGUUCAACGAUAUGCCGAUUUAUUUUCCCUGUCCAUGUCGAAAUGCAAUUAAUAAUACGGCACAACUAAUGCGAGUACAUAUUAUCACACCUAAAGCACCAGUGAACGUAAUCAUAGAUCCGAAGGUUAAAAUCUUUCAAAACAAUAUGCAAAGUAGCUUAACAUUUAAUACAGGCUUGGCGCAACCUAUUAAGCUAACACAAAGCUCUUACUGGAUUUUGCGUUUGCCGUUUGUGUAUGAAGGAGAUGCAGGACCAUUAGAACCCCCCGCUGCAAAUAGCGUGAAUCCAAAUAGCGCUAUUAUACACGGUGUUCUAAUAGCAGGCAUGAUUCGAGAUAUUCGAGAAAAUGAACUAAACGAAGAAUCGCUCCUGGGGUCAUAGUUGCACUACUGUGCUGCAUGUAUCUAUGUGAUGUUUUAACCACUUAUUUUUGGAAGGAUGUGAAUUUUUCAAUUUUUUACGCGGAUAGUGUCAUCUCAUGAUAAGAAAUAAUAAAGCAAGCCUUAUUUAAA